AUGAACAUCACCGUACGCUCCCCUCGCGUAUGGGAGAACUCGCACACGGCAUCGCAGCCUCGUUCUCAACCUCGCCCGGUAGCGACUCCUUCCGUACGCUCUCUUCCUCGAAGCGCAACCUCCGUCGCACAACCCGCACCUCCUUCUGUACCUGAUGUGCGGACCCCUCCACCACGAACCAGCUGCGACGGACAAGCCCCUAACCCAAGCCCGUCAUAUUUUGGACUCCCCGCAAAGGAGUGCUUCUCGACAAGCGGAGCGCAGCAAGGUCGGCCCGCAUUCUUCUCACCACCGAGCUCGCAGGUGCGCUCUACAGCGGCCGCAUCACCCCGCAUUGUGCCUGUCGACCAGAACCCUCAUUUCGAGGCUUUUCGUAGACAGUCCGAACAAAAUGCUUUCAACCUAGGCCGACUUUCUAGCUUCGACAUGACCAAGCCGAGUACAUCACGGUCGGUGAGCCACAGCAGCAACGCGCCGAAUGAAGCGCUGCCAGCCUCGAAGUCAGCAUCUCCUGUUUCUCCCACGAGAAACUCGGGCGGUGGAGGCUCGAAUUUGAUUGCAGACACGCUCGCUAUACCACGUUCUCCCAAGCGCAUGCUUUCUUCCGACUCAGCUACCUUCCCUGAUCGACCUCGCCGCCACUCACCCGCCUCAUUCUCAGAAGCCGAUGCAUCUCUCGCCUCGAACCAUGCUGACUCCCUACCGAAUUCGCAUUCUCGGUCUUCGUUGCCGCCGAACACGGCUAAAUCUGGUGUUAACGCGCACAACCAACGAGCGGAGACUCUGCCGGCAAGUCUUGAUGGCAGUGGUCGCAACGACGGUCCAAUCUUUGUGACACCCCAACAUGUCGUAAAUCUGUUGGAUGCCUCUGGAGAAGAAAUCCUGCUGCUUGACCUCCGAGUCUCGACACAGUAUGCCAGGUCAAGGAUUACACAAGCGCUCAACCUUUGUAUACCGACGACAUUACUGAAAAGGCCCGCGUUCAACGUACACAAGCUUGCCGAUACGUUUAGUGUCGAGGAGCAAAGGAGCAAAUUCGAGCGUUGGACAUCCUGCAAAUACAUCAUAGUCUACGAUGCGAACUCUACGCAGCCGAAGGAUGCGGCUAUUUGCAUAAACACACUGAAGAAGUUCGCGACCGACGGCUGGACUGGUGGUUCUUACAUCAUACGAGGAGGAUUCGCUGAAUUCUCUCAAAAAUUCCCUUCGCAUGUUGAGACAGGAUCUGCCGUUAGCUCGGCCUCUCGAGGAGUAAAACUUAGCUUGGAUUCAAACGGUCCUGCCGUUGCGCCUGUAAUUGGAGGGUGCCCAAUGCCAGCUACCCAGAAUGCGGCCAAUCCUUUCUUUGGCAACAUCAGACAGAACAUGGACUUGAUCGGAGGCGUUGGGAGGAUGUCCAUCAAGCACCCUUCAUCAAUUUCAGAGCAGAUGGAAUCGGGGUUGCCUACCUGGCUCAAGCGAGCAGUUGAUAACAAGGAUGCUGGAAAAUUAGUUUCGGACCGGUUCUUGCAUAUCGAGCAGAGGGAGCAGAAGCGGAUGCAGGAGGCUCUUUCAGGCAAUGUCACUUAUGGCACACCGGGUGCAGCACGAGCGCGAAGUAGCGUCCAAAUCGCUGGCAUUGAGAAAGGAAGCAAGAACAGGUACAACAACAUCUGGCCUUAUGAGCACUCUCGGGUGAAGCUCCAGGAUGUGUCUAGCGGUGGUUGCGACUACAUCAACGCAAACCACGUGAAAGCCGCUUGGUCUAACAAGCGCUACAUCGCAACCCAAGGUCCGAUACCUGCGACGUUCAAUGACUUCUGGAACGUCGUCUGGCAAGAAGACGUCCGCGUAAUCGUCAUGCUCACCGCAGAGAAGGAAGGCGGCCAGGUCAAAGCCCACAACUACUGGGAGGCCAAAACGUAUGGUCCGUUCCACCUCAACUUCCUCUCAGAACACCGCGCCUCUCUGGAGAUGGCCAAGAUCCAGCAACACCGCCACCGGCCCAGCAUGAGCCGAAGACGCUCCACCAAUCCAACGCCUGGCAAGCAGCUUCCAGUUCCGGUCGAGACGUCGCCGAUCUCACCUACCUCCGAUCAGCCUUACGUCAUCGUCCGCAAAUUCUCGCUCUCCCACGCAGAUCACCCCUUCGAGCGCAUGCGCGAAAUCACACAGCUGCAGUAUUCCAGCUGGCCGGAUUUCGGCGCCCCUGCGCAUCCGGCACACCUGCUUGGUCUCGUCGAGCAGUGCGAUGCGGUUGUGCGGUCCAUGCUUUCGCGACCGAACCCUGCGGGCCCUGAUCCGCCGGAGGUCAGGCCGGUGCUCGUUCACUGCAGUGCCGGCUGCGGCCGCACGGGCACGUUCUGCACCGUCGACUCGGUUAUCGACAUGCUGAAGCGGCAGCGAUUGAGCGGGUCUGAGAAGGCUAAGAGGACGCAGAGGCAAGCAACGCCUAUGGAGAUCGAUGCGGCGGGUCGGGAUGGGGACAAGGAGAGGGAUCCGUUUUUUGAUAGCCCGACUGUGGAAGGGAGCUGGGUCGAGAGGGACGACUGGGACCUGAUCGAGAAGACGGUCGAGGAUUUUAGGCUCCAGAGGCUGAGCAUGGUGCAGAGCCUCCGCCAGUUUGUGCUGUGCUACGAAAGUGUGCUGGAGUGGAUUGUGCGGCAGGAGCAGGUGCCGAAGUCGGCGUAG